AUGCCCCUCUGGCAAAUCUACCAUCCGCCUGGCACCUUCGAAGACAAUGUUUCCAAACAAGCCCUAGCCACGGAUAUUACAAAAAUGUAUACGGGGAUUGGUCUUCCUGCGUUCUAUGUGGUGGUCCAGUUCAUUCAGCUACAAGAUAGCGAACUUUGGGUCGGUGGCACACCAAGGACAGAAAAACCAUUUAUUCGUGUGGUCAUCACCCAAAUCGCUGUUCGUUUACCGGAUGAUGAUGCAGCAUAUAGGCGAAAUACCAUGCGCAUUGACAACGCUUUGAAGCCUCACAUCCAGGACAAAGGAUAUGAUUGGGAGUAUCAUGUGGACGAGACUGAGAGGAGGCUUUGGAAGAUCAAUGGCAUGAUACCUCCGCCGUUGAAAAGUGAGGAGGAAAAGGAGUGGGUCAGAGAGAACCACCCUGUGCCUUAUGACGGAGCAUAUGCUUGA